AUGCACUCACAAGUAUACAUAGCCUCAGGAGCAAGGCCAUCGUACCGCAACAACAAACCAGCACUGUCUGCUAGAAUAGAACGUAAUCUACAGGGUUCUUUCGUGCAUUCAUGGAUAUGGUACCCUCUCUUCUGGCAACAGCGGCAAGCGUUCUUCCACAAUAUUCACCGUGAUAAAACCGGUUCUCAAGAUGCAAACGGCUGGGAUGGCAGUGAUGAUGACGAUAGGGAUGUGAGAGCUUCAAGGAUCUAG